UCUGGUCCAGAUCCUCCGCUCCUCCUCAGCUCAACACACACAUCCAUUGUACACAAACGGGCAGGCGGCUCACGCAUACACACGCACUCACACACAUGCGGACACAUACACACGCACAGCAUCGAUCGUGGCUCCUUUAAGAAAGCCUAAGCCAGAAUUAUCACCCCACCUCCUCUUGAUCUCCUCUAGACGCUUUUGCAUAAGAAAAUCAAGCCGGGAGCCGAGAGUGAUCAAAGAAAACGAGAGGAGAGCUGCUUCAUUUUUUAACUGUGAUUGUGACCAUUAACAUUUAGGUGGUGCCGAUCCCGUGGAGACGCACGUCGGACCAUCAUUCAUCCGGUACUUUUGACAAGCCCUCGCGUUUUGACUGACAGGCGGAGUGGCAAAAAGCCAUGAGAGUCGCCAGUUUUGUUUGAGGGGCUUUUUUAUUUUCAUCCUGGUUUUGGAAAAGGAGCCCGGUGCUGCUGCCCCGAGGAUAGCCGAGGACCUAUUUGCCGCGCCUGGGCUAAACUUGCACAGAAAGCGGGAGCUGGCUUCAUCGUUCCGUGGAAAAAAAGGCAACCGGGAUUUUGGCUGAAAUUUCUUCUCAUUUAUUUGGAUUUUCUUUCUUUGCUUCGUCUCCACCCUGGCCGCAGAGGGGAUUUACCUAAAGUGAAAGGACGACCAGGGAGUGAGGAGGGUUAUGGCGCAACGGUACGAAGACCUGCCCCACUACGGGAUGGACGGUGUGGGCAUCCCGACCACCAUGUACGGAGACCCGCACGGCGCCCGGUCCAUGCAGGCGGUUCACCUCAACCACGGUCCCCAGCUGCACUCUCACCAAUACCCGCACACCGCCCACACCAACACCAUGCCUCCCAGUAUGGGCUCCUCCGUUAACGACGCUCUCAAGAGAGAUAAAGACGCUAUAUACGGGCACCCCCUGUUCCCCUUGCUUGCACUGAUUUUUGAGAAAUGUGAAUUAGCGACUUGCACCCCCAGAGAGCCCGGGGUGGCGGGAGGAGACGUUUGUUCAUCGGAAUCUUUCAAUGAAGACAUAGCAGUGUUUGCAAAACAGAUUCGGGCAGAAAAACCUUUAUUUUCAUCGAAUCCAGAACUGGAUAAUCUGAUGAUUCAAGCCAUUCAAGUUUUACGAUUUCAUCUUCUGGAGCUGGAGAAGGUGCACGAGCUGUGUGAUAAUUUCUGUCACCGGUACAUCAGCUGCUUGAAAGGCAAGAUGCCCAUCGACUUGGUCAUAGACGACAGAGAGGGCGGGUCCAAAUCAGACAGCGAGGAAAUCACGAGAUCGGUGGCCCUUGAUCAGACGUCCUGGAACAGAGAUCAUGACGACACGGCGUCCACGCGCUCAGGAGGCACGCCGGGACCAUCCAGCGGGGGACACACAUCACACAGUGGUGACAACAGCAGCGAACAGGGUGAUGGUUUGGACAACAGUGUGGCUUCACCGAGCACAGGGGAUGACGAUGACCCGGAUAAAGAAAAGAAACACAACAAGAAGAGAGGGAUUUUCCCUAAGGUGGCCACCAACAUCAUGAGAGCAUGGCUCUUCCAGCACCUAACACAUCCCUACCCGUCAGAAGAACAGAAGAAACAGCUGGCGCAAGACACAGGACUCACGAUCCUACAAGUGAACAACUGGUUCAUUAAUGCGAGGAGGAGAAUAGUGCAACCCAUGAUCGACCAGUCAAACCGUGCAGUAAGUCAAGGAGCUCCCUACAAUCCAGAUGGCCAGCCGAUGGGGGGUUUCGUCAUGGACGGCCAGCAGCACAUGGGAAUCAGACCACCUGGACCAAUGGGUGGAAUGGGCAUGAACAUGGGCAUGGAAGGUCAGUGGCACUACAUGUAGCCCUAACCCAGUCUGACCAAUCACAACACACAGGGGGAUAAGUGCAGGGCAAACCAGGGGAUCUUGUGUCUCACAGAGGCUUCUAGAGCUCAGGAAGGGGGCUCCCCGACUUCCUGAUGGUGACAACAAACCGCAAUCCCUCCGUUCACCUCCAACACAUUUUAUUUGGCUGAUAUCUGCAGCAUGGGAACUUCCAUGACUGCCAACAAUCCUUGUCUAUGUGUCUAGCAAAGGUGAUGCAUAGAAUACCAAUCUUCACCCAAGCCAGAUGAACCCCUGUCCUGACAGACUCCCACUUCUUCUCUGGUGGGCACUAGACUUCGGCCCCUUGCCGCUGCCCACCCAGUUCACAUGGAUUCCUCCAUUAAAGUGAUUGUGAUUGCGAACACACACGACCCACAAGACAUGCUGGGCUAUUUGCCUGUACCUUUGGUGAAUGUGGCACCUGACGAUUUAGUCUUGACUCUUUGGCAAACAAGAGACUUCCUUUGAGGAGCACUCCACUCUUUGGGACGAUGGAAUUGGACCAAAGAGAAGCCAAUGUCUGUAUCUGAUAGGACAC